AUGCGUGUCGCUCACCUAGCUCUGUGUUGUUUUCCCUUUGCCCUAGCAGAAUCUUUCUUCACAGAGCUUGAAGACGUCGCCUACUCCAUCGUCGAAUAUAUCCCAUUGGUCGGCACCUCGGUCGCCAACUUUCUUGAGAGCUCCAUUCGCGAUGUCAUUCUCGUGGAUGAGAUUGCUCAACCAGCAGAAGUAGCCCUUCUGCACACAUUCGCUGAGUUGUUCACCGAUAAGAUGAUCGAUAUCUUCGCUGGGAGCAAGCAUCAUGUCAACAGUACCAGCAAGCAGUUGGAUCAACAAAGUGGAUAUGUGAUCAUCGCCGAGGGGUCUAGGGGCCAACUAAAGAGCAAAGUCUUUGAGAGCCGGGCAAAGGGCGUACAUCAUUUCCAUGCUGCUAAGUUUAAGGGUAGGAUCACAGAUGCCCAAUAUGCCCCUAAGGGCGAGGAUAUUUAUCUUGACAUUCCGCACUGA